CUCUUGCCCAGGUGGGCGCACGCGUUUUGUACCUCUGACAAAACCAUUCUCAUUUAUUUACACAAAUGGUUCCGUUCAUACAUAAUUCAAACCUUAGUGUGUGCUAAUGGCGAGUUUGUGAAAAACUGAAAUUUAUUAUAUUGACUUCAAUAAUUUUACGUUUUGUUAAGUGUAUUAAAUCAUAAUGGUGUUUAAAAACAGAUGUCUGUUAGUGUUAUUUAUUUUGGUGGUUAACGGAGUUUGUAGAGCUAUGCCAAAGCUCCUGCUGACGGUGUACUACGAGAGCAACUGCCCCGACAGCAAGUCAUUCAUACUGCAGCAGCUUCGGCCGGCGAUGCGACUGCUACACGGGCACGUCAGGACGCGAUUCGUGCCCUUCGGCAAAGCUAUGAGUAUAGACUACGGCUUCGGCGGGUUUGAGUGCCAGCACGGGCAACGAGAGUGCUACGGCAACAUGGUGCAAGACUGCACGCUGAACCUCAUGCAGGGUCGUACUGAUCAGGAGAGGCUCGAGUACGUCGCCUGCGAGAUGGACUCCGAGGCAGCUUCCAAGUACAGUCUCGAGUGUGUGGCUCAAGCACAAGUUCGGCCUGAAAAAGUGCAACAUUGCGUCGAAUUUGGCAAAGGCACCAUGCUACAGAUUGACUCUGAAUACCUGACAUCUCUCGUCGCGCCUAAAUUUAUACCAACCAUCACCAUUGAUAAUGUAUUCGACCAGCAUGUCCAAGAUGCAGCCCAAGUAGACCUGAUAGGAACCCUGUGCACGUUCUUGAUGCAUUCCACAGCUUGUGCUCAGCACUACAACAGAUUGGCCUGGCAGUACAUCUUCUAAACAAAAACAGCAGGAGUACGUGCAGUGAAAUACGCCCAACAUGAUCAACCAAAUUCUCGUUUCUCAUUUAGUUUUGAACAACCUAGUAACAAAUUGCAGUGUGAUAUUAUUUAUGAACGUCAUGUUUGUUCAACGUAAUUUGUAUACCAAAUUGGAAAUAGUAAGUAAUUAAUAAAAAAAUGAAUUUUUCA